CUCGAUAACACGUCUGCGGUGAGGACAAUAUUCCCGUUUGGCUGACUGUAGUGUCGUGAUUCCUUUUUUCAAUACCGGAUCGAAAUGGAGUCGCCUCUAGAUCAGCUGGAUGAAGAAUCAAAGCGUGCGCUUACGGAGUUUAAGGAACGGGUUCAGGAUUGCACUAGUAAGUUGGUGGAUACAAGAGAUGAAUACCUUCUGAAAUGGCUCAUCGCGCGAUCCUACAACAUCAACGAAGCCGAGAAAAUGCUACGUGCAUCACUGGCGUGGCGGCAGACAAACGGAGUUGAUGACAUCUUGAAAUGGACCCCUCCUGAAGUGUUCCAGAAAUAUUAUUCUCUUGGAAAAAUAGGAUACGACAAGUUCAACUGCCCCGUUUACGUUUGCGCCCAGGGAAAUAUGGAUUUGCGUGGGAUUUUGCAGUCCGUCACGAAAAAAGAUUUCAUGCGCUUUCAAGCCUACAUGACCGAAAAGGUGAACAAGGAAAUGCUGGAUGAGACUUUGAGCAAUGGAAAAAAUAAAUAUUGCCAAAUGACGUUCGUCGCUGACAUGGAAAAUCUUUCAAUGAGACAAAUGACAUACAAGCCUGUUAUGGAAACGGGAACUGAACAGACAAAAGUUUACGAGUUAAAUUACCCGGAAAAUCUCCGCCGAAUCUUCAUUAUUAACGCGCCCAAGAUUUUCACAGUCAUCUUCAACUUUUUGAAACCAUUUAUGCAUCAAGCUACUCUUGAUAAGAUGAGGAUUUUUGGAAGUGACAAAGAAGAAUGGGCAGCCGCUUUACUGGAAGAAAUAGAAGCCGAUAACUUACCGCUUCACUACGGGGGCACUAUGGUCGAUCCUGACGGUGAUCCAAAAUGUCCUAGCAAGUUAAACAUGGGCUCAGAAGUUCCUUAUUCGUAUUACCUGAGCAACAGCGCACCUGUGCCCAAGGAUUACAUGGAAACCAUCAACAUCAUCGCCGGAGCAGGUGGAUUUAAGAAGCUGAAAUACAAAAUUGAUGUCGCCAAUUCAAUUUUGAGAUGGGAGUUUAUGACAGAAGGAGGAGACAUCGGCUUCAGAGUCUAUUACAAAAGUGACGAGGAAGGUAUUGUGGACUUGGUACCUUUGAGCAGAAUUGAAAGUCACCUGGUCACGGAAGAAGGCGAAUUCGUUAGCGAGAAACCAGGGAAAUACGUGGUGGUGUUUGAUAACACUUUCAGCAUUUUACGACCCAAAAAAGUCCGUUACUACGUCGCUGUCGAUCCUCCAGUACCCGGAAGUCCAACAGCUCUCGGAUGAGGACAUGAAAAUAAACGUACGAGGAUAUUCGUUCAGUUGAACUCCUUGAUAAAAUAACGUAGCUAAAAUAUGAUUUUUUUUUCUUAUCAAAAUUUUUAUGACACAUGAAAAACGAUAUCUUAUUUACAAUUUAGCUUAUAAACAUUAUUUGUUGUUAAAUACAUCAAAUACAUCAGAAAUAAAU